AGCGCAUUCCAGUUCCCGUGCGGACCACAGCGGCUGCACAUUCCUCCGUAGGCGCGGUGGACUUUCCCGAGUCGCAGGUUGUUUCGUUGGAGAAAGUGAAAAACGGCGUUUAAAUCAACGACUCGUCGAGGACUCGUUGUUGGCGGACCGGCGGACGCGGAAUGAAUGGACCGACUGAGGAAAUCACAGCCCGUAGCUGCUUGUUUUCAGCGAGAGUGACAGAUUGACCUUAGCGCGCGGGCCAUGGCGGGCUGCUGGCAGGUGUGCCGCCGCACCUGUGUGUGCUGUCUGUCCGAGGACGAGCGGAAGUCCGUGGCUUUGGACCGGGAGAUCCAGAGGAUCCUCAAGGACCAGAAGAAACGCAUGAGGAAGGAAAUCAAAGUUCUGCUGCUGGGAACUGGAGAAAGUGGAAAAACCACUUUCAUCCGGCAGAUGCGGAUCAUCCAUGGACGAGGCUUCUCGGAGGAGGAGAGGAGGGGCUUCGCCAAAUGCAUCUUCCAGAACAUCUUCACGGCCGUGAAGGCCAUGACGACGGCCAUGGGGGCGCUCCGGAUCCCGUACUCCAACCCGGAGAACGAGGCGUACGCCAGGAGGCUGCAGCAGGUCAACACGGUGCAGAUCACCCAGCUGGAGCGGGGCCACGUCGACGCCAUCCGCCGGGUCUGGGCCGACGCGGGCAUCCGCGUGUGCUACAGCCGCCGCUGCGAGUACCAGCUCCUGGACUCCACAGAGUACUACAUGACGAACCUGGAGCGAAUCGCCGCCUCCGACUACGUCCCCACUGAGCAGGAUGUGCUGCGGGUUCGAUUCCCCACCACGGGCAUCCACGACUACGCCUUCAACAUCAAGACCAUCACUCUGAGGAUCGUGGACGUGGGCGGUCAGAAGUCCGAGCGCCGCAAGUGGAUCCACUGCUUCGAAAACGUGACGUCGCUCAUCUUCCUGGCCUCCCUCAGCGAGUACGACCAGGUCCUGGAGGAGCGGGAGAACAUUAACCGAAUGCAGGAAAGCCUGGCUCUGUUCUACACCACCAUCCACUCCCCUUGGUUCCUCCAAACCUCCAUCAUCCUCUUCCUCAACAAGACUGACAUCCUGGACGACAAAAUCCAGACCUCUGACCUGCGGAAAUACUUCCCAAACUUUGCAGGUAAGCGGCAAAACGCCGAGGACGCCAAGAGCUUCAUCCGCAAGAUGUACGAGCAGCAGGCGCAGAGCACCGUGGACAAGGACGAGUGGAAGACGCUCUACCCGCACUUCACCUGCGCCACCGACACCAGCAACAUCCGCAGGGUCUUCAGCGACAUCAGGGACACGGUGCUGCUCAAGUCUCUCAGGGACUACGGCGUGAUCUGAGCCCACGGAGCCGGAACCGCAGCCGGAGCCGGAGCCGGAGCCGGAGCGGGGACUCGCUGCUGCUGUCAACGGGGUCACGAGUACGCGUGGUUCACGUGACUGCGAAUCCACGAGGUGUAGGUGGAACGUUCUCGUUAUGGACGUUCCACACUUGACUCUGUUUGUGGGUAAUGGCUGCUCGUCUCACUGCCGUCUAUCAGCGUCCACGUGGAUUACGCUCGUUCUCGCUAAAGCUUUACUCACACAUCUCUGGAUGUGUCUCUAUGAACUCUCAUCUGCAGGAAACAAGUCGCUCUUCGUGUUUAAUGGGUGAUUGUGUGACAGACAGGCUGUGCUCAACAACAGGACACUGGACAUUCACUGGCUUCACCGUCGGAGCGGUUGCUCCUCCCGUUCUGCGAUUUCACGAGGAGCAUUUUAUUUUCUUUAUAAAUCUUAUUAGUUCUUCUAAUCAGUGAACUUGCAUGUCGUAGCCAAACGCCAAUUAAAGCGCGCUGUAGAGCAGCUGAGCGCCGGGUGCAGAGGCAGGAGUCUGGCGCGUGAUUAGACGAGCCACCUGUUGCUGCUGCACGCGCCAUAUUGAAGCAGUCAUUGUUUUCCAGCCAGCGCCGCUUCUUCCUGCACGGAUGCAGAUCUGUUAACAGCCUCCCUUCAGCUGAGCUUGAUCCUUUCAUGGUGGGGGGACGAGAUAAGAACGUGACAUUCGCGAGGUUUAAUCAACGUUUUAUUUAUUUGUUUCUAUCUCAUUACUGACAAUGAUCUUAUCUUUAAUGACUGCUGUUGGAAUUUUAUUGCUUCCAGUUCCCUUCCAGCUCAUUGUUUUGCAGCCGUAACGGACCCACGUGACUCCGUGCUCUCAGGUGUCGCUCCUGAAUGAGUCAAAGCUGUGGUCGUGGAGGCACGAGCCGACUGGGGAGACUCCCCACCGGCGUCUUUGGUUGCAAUCAAUAUUCCCAUUAAUCUGUCUAAUACGCUUCGUUAAAAUAAAAACCAUACGGUCGUGCA